AUGAGACUGUUCGCAGUAAUUUUCUGGUUAGGCUGGUCCUUUGGCCUGACCAGUGCCAAGAAGUCAAGCCCGGAGACUGGCAGACUUAUAGCUAGUCUUCAGGCUGCUCCCGCUCCAGCGCCACCCCAGAGUGUCAUCUAUAAGCUUCCGCCUCAGCACUACUACCCGCCACCACCACCGCCUCCACCUCCACCGCAGCCGCACCACUGCAACUGUCCGCCAGGGCCACCGGGUCCACCGGGACCUCCUGGUCUACCGGGAACACCUGGCCCCCAGGGCUCGAAAGGACACAAAGGCGAGAAGGGCGACCGCGGAGAGAAAGGGGAGCGCGGACGCUACGGUUUGCCGGGACCUCCAGGAAUUCCUGGCCCUAUUGGACCACCCGGCCUACCAGGUCCUCCGGGACACAAGGGAAAAGAUGACCACCACGGUCAUCAUGAUCACCACGAUCAUCAUCAUCACCAUCAUCCACCGCCUCCACCGCCUCCACCACCACCGCCGCCACCGCCUCCUCCGCCACCACCAACCAACCCGCCACAUCACCAUCACCAUCACCCGCAUCCUCUGCCACCCAUCCUUCCCCCACCUCCCGUGAUAAUUCCUAUUCCCGCCCUUCCACCACCACCGAAAGGCGGACAUCACCAUCACAAGGGUUCCAAAGGACCUCCAGGACCACCAGGACCUCCGGGAAUGGGUGUGCCAGGCCCUCCAGGACCUCCAGGCACGGUGUAUCCCCCUCCACCUCCUCCGCCACCACCACCACCACCGCCGGCUCCUUAUCCUCCACCGUAUCCGUAUCCUCCCCCAGCUCCUUACCCACCACCCUCCCCCUGGAUUCCAGUGCCAGUCCCAGUGCCAUGGCCAUCCAAGGGUCAUCACAAGGGUCACCACCAUGGAGAUAAGGGUCACAAAGGCGACAAGGGUCACCACCACCACUACUACCCACCCCCGCCACCUCCUCCACCACCUCCUCCGCCGUAUCACCAUCAUCCCUCGCAUCAUCACGGGGAUGGACAUCAUCAUCCCUCCCACCAUCAUGGUGGAGAUGGAUGGCACAACCACGGAGAUGGCCACCACCAUAACCACGGCGACGGGCACCACCAUAACCAUGGAGAUGGACACCACCACAACCACGGAGACGGACAUCAUCAUCCUUCCUCUAAUCACGGAGGCCACCACCACGGAAAGGGAGGAUCCAGCCACUAUCCUCCACCACCUCAUCAUGGAAAAGGUGGAAAUUCUGGAAACAAAGGAGAUCCCAAGGGAGAAACUCCUCCACCCAAGCCCACCGAUCCAGAACCCACCGAUCCGAGCGAGGGAAGUGGAGACAAGCGUGGUGACUUCGACUUCCUAGACAACGAUGUAGAGAUUGUGGAAAAUCUAGACAACCUAGUCGAUGAGAAUGACAUGGCAGAGGGACAGGACGAAGCCCCAUAUGAGCAAACUGGCUAUGAGACGGAACCCGAGGAGUUCGAUUACAAUAACUAUUAUGAAAACAACCUGAACCAGGCUGAACCCAAUGAUUCCAUUGAAGAGCCUUACCAAGAAGAGCCCAAUUUAGAUGCUGAAUCUCAAAGCGAAGCUGCCGGAGAUCAGGAAAUGGAGGAACCCAUAACGGAGGAACCAAUCGAGGAUCAAAUGCAAGACCAAAUGGAUGUUGGUACGGGAUUUGAUGAGAACCAAUCUUAUGAGACUGAUCAGAUCGAGGAACUAGGCUAUAUAAGACGGGUUCUAACCUGGCCAGGUGAACACUCUCGAAUGGUGGGCCUCAGCAUGAGGCUGUUCGCUGUUUUGCUUUUAUCAGCUAUAAUCUCUUUUGGAGAGGGAUCAUGGAUUUUAAGCUCGACUCAGCCUGUUAAAGCAGAUACGCGGCCCAGGGCAAAGAAGCCCCUAUUUAAAAACUAUGAUCUGUACUUAUAUAGACCCGAAACUUCCUACUAUGGCGGAUCACAUUGCCAAUGCAGACCAGGACCUCCUGGGCCACCAGGGCCUCCGGGGCUGCCUGGAGUGCAGGGCGAUGAAGGUCCCCCCGGAGAAAAGGGAGAUCGUGGUGAUCCGGGUGAAAGGGGAGAACGUGGCAGAGCCGGUAGACCUGGUUACUAUGGCUUCCCCGGACCCAUAGGUCCUCCUGGGCCUCCUGGAAAAUCCGUAAUUCACCACAAAAGCGAACCUCCUCGAAUUAUUUAUUUACCCGCCAAAUCAGAGGGCAAAGAUCCACCCAAAAAGGAAACCUCAGGCGACGAAAAUCCAAUUAAGAAAAAAAAGCACCAGAACCUCAAGAAGAAGCCACAGCUAGUCCAAUAG